AUGACAGAUGCAACCCUUCAGAAAGUAGCAACAACAACCUCAAAAGAUGGAAAUCUCAUGACUUUAGCUGAAAUUUUUGCUAAUGGAUGGCCUGAGAACAAGACACAAAAGGACGUCUACUUGGUAGUUGUGGAUAAUCUCACAAAAUACUGGGACUUAGAGCAACUGAAUGGUACUGAUGCUGAGUCCACAAUCUUACAGAUGAAGAAGAUUUUCGCCCAGCAGGGAGUCUCUGAAGUGGUAAUAUCAGACAAUAGUCCUCAAUAUGCUAGCAAGGAAUUUAAGGAGUUUUCAGAGAGUUGGAACUUUCAUCACUAUACCUCUUCACCACACCAUCCAAAAGGAAACGGAGAUAGUAUUCGCGCCAAGAUCAGGCCUCAGUCGUCGUCCCUGUGGACACAAGGCCGUGUGGUCAGAAGAGAAUCUGACAGAUCCUACAUAGUGAAGGCCAAUGGCCGUGAGUACAGGAGGAAUCGGUGUCACAUCAGGAAAACUAGAGAAAUUACAACGCCCAAAGUCGUUGUUACAGACCCUUUUUUAGAAUCUCCUGUGGGCCCACCCACACAGUCAGAUGCAGCCUUUCCAAGUGCCCCACAUUCAAAGUUCAUAGAAUUACCUGGAGUUAACAAUGAAACAGGACAAAUGCAGUUGAGUGAAAUAAAAAAUAAAUCAAAAUCAGAACCAGUACCGAUUCGACAAGGCGCCUUACAUACUUCAGCAUAUACAGUAUCUGACAGCAAAAUCGGUAGAUCUGAGCCAAGAAACUGCAAUCCCCGCUUGAAUACAGACACAGUCCUCUGGUGGUUACAGCCGACAACCGAAAUGGGUCUGGCCUCCGGGUUUCUAUAUUCAGCAUUAGGAGUAUCUGAAAGCAAAUUCGGUCGACCUGAGGUUUUCUAUACUUUUUCUACAAUGCAUGAAGAGUAUCUGACGACGAAAUCGGUAGAUCUGAGCUUAGUUGCAUCAAACGUCAUCACACUUAUCGAGGGAGGUGCAGCAACUACUUCCGGUUGUGCUCUUUCUACAAUAACUGGCAUUCCUCUCAUCCGUCUCCAUGGCAACAAUGGGCCCCUGGACCAAUGUGAAAAAACAAUCCAGAUGUCAGCAGGAUACAAAGAUUAUGCGUAUGCCACACUAGACAUACUGAAAAUCUACGAGUGGAAAAAUAUUGUUCUUGUUUAUGAGGAGCGUCGAGUGCACGAGGCUGGACAUUUUCUAACUGUUUCACAGAAAUUACCGCUGAUCAUUAAUUUAGUUCAGUUUUCUGGGUGCGACAAAAAUAAAGAACUGACUGAACCGGCACACAGAGUGAUAGAAAAAAUACAGAAAUUUGAUGCCGAAGUUAUUAUACUCUACCUGGGAAAGAAAAACAUCGAGCUAUUGCUGCAACAGAGGCCUUGUCAACACGAAAAGACAUAUAUAUGGAUCAUUCAAGAACAGAUUCCCUUGAAUUUCACCUGGUACCAAAAUGUGGUGAUAGCUUUAAAAUUACCGCAUGCUGAGGCUUCACUCGUAGAUGAAAUGAAACAUGUUGUUGGAGACAAUUUUUCAGAUUUUAUUAACAAGGAAUUAGUUGCCGUCAGUCAUGACGCUCUCCAUAUCAUCCAGGAAGCAGUGAACACGGAGUCUUGUUCGUCGAUUAAUGGGUCUGACAUUCGUCUGGAAGAUAGGAACACAAUGUUAACAUGCAUGAGAAAGGUUGUUCUUCGUGGUAUGACUGGACUUCUUCAAUUUACUGAGCGUGGGGAGCGGGAAAGAAUUGAACUGGAAAUCUUAAAUCUUCAAAACAAUUACUUUAAGAGGGUUGGUACGUGGAAUUCAACCAAAGGCGCUGUUAUGACUGGGAACAUCAAACGCAACAUGGAUAGCCCUUCAUCAAAAAAAACUUUGGAGGAAAGAAGGCUUCGAGUCGUUGUCUUAUUGGAAAGUCCCUACGUUGAGGAAAGGAGAAAGGAAGAUGGCGGAUUAUUUUAUGAAGGAUACUGCAUUGAUUUUCUUAAUGAGCUUGCAAGAAAUCUCAAAUUUACCUAUGAGAUCUACACUGCGCCUGACGGGAAAUAUGGCGCUGAAAUGGAGGAUGGAACUUGGAAUGGGGUUAUUGGUGAGAUUGUAAACGAGCGAGCAGAUAUGGCCCUUACCGCCCUCACUAUUACUGAAAGGCGAGAGGAGGUCGUGGAUUUCAGUGUCCCCUUUAUGCACUACACAUCAGAUAUAUUGCUGAAGAAAGCAUCGUCCGAAGACAAAUACGAACUUUUGCAGUUCAUGAAUCCGUUUGAUAAUCAAGUUUGGUUCGCUAAUUUAGCCACCUUGGUUAUCAGCUCUGUUGCUGUGUUUGUAAUAAACUACUACAGUCCUUAUGGAUAUAAAGAUGAUAAUGGAAGAGGGACAUCAAAGGAAUUCAGCUUUUUCAACAGUGUGUGGUUUGCUUUAGCUUGUAUGCUACAACAGGGAGGAGAUAACACACCAAAAAGCCUAUCAGGCCGCAUACUUACUGGUUGCUACUGGUUCUGCGUACUGAUCUGUAUCUCAACAUACACUGCUAAUCUGGCAGCAUUUUUUACGGUGAAGAACGCGGUGCAUCCCAUUAAUAACCUUGGAGAACUCACGGAAUCAUCUUACUCUAUAUCAGUGCUUAGCUCAUCCAGUACGUCAGAGUUUUUCAAGACUAGUGACUACGAAACAUACAAAAAGAUCUGGCGUAAAAUUGAAUUGGACGGAACACUGGUUCAAACCAUUGCACAGGGUGUUCAAUGGGUGAGAGAAAAAGAAGACUUCGCUCUGAUAACUGACGGGCCUUAUCUAAGGAAGAUUGUUAGCAAGCCACCGUGUGACCUGGAAGUAGUACCAGGUUUAGGCACAGCUAAAGGAUAUGCACUGGCCUUCCACGACAACGAUCCUCAUGUGCAUAACUUCAGUCUGACCAUAUUGCGUUUACACGAAAACGAUUUCCUUGCCAGCUUGGAACGGAAAUGGUGGGAGAGCAAAAGUAGCUGCUCAGUUAAAGAAGAAACAUCGUUGUCUCGCAAGCAAAUUGGUCUAAAUAGUAUGUUGGGUGUGUACUUGGUCCUGUUUGUUGGAAUGGUGGUUGCUUUCCUGACCUUACUGGCCGAAAUUUACUGGAAAAGAAAAGGUGAACAAGGGCAUAACUUCGUUCCAUGAAAAUUCGACCCUCAAGACCUUCUCGAAUGACUCAAUAUUUUAUGUCGUGGUAUUCUUUUAAAAAGUAAAGAAGGAGUCAAAGAUUGUGUAUUUCGAUCAUUAUUUCUGUUGUUUUUAAUUUUAAUACUAUUUACUUUUAUGUUAAAUUCACGAAAACGCAAGGAGUGAGGUUGAAAGGAAGGAAGGAAUGAGGGAUUCUUCUUUGAUUCAAAUUCAAAAGUAAUCUGCCGAGUUUUAACAACUCUUCCACACAACCUCAUACUUUCAUUGUUGUGUAUGAACUGGUAAAGAAAA